AUGUAUCCCAGGAUUAAAAACCUCGCGCUUUACGCCUGCUCGAUCACGCUGCUGGCCUGGGUUCUUUAUGUGAAGAAAGAGGCAAAGUUGGUAGCAUCCUCAGCGGACCAGAAAGUGGACAUAGCAAAUCCCAAAACAAAGUCUUUGGUUGUGGAGAAUGCUGAACCCAGCAAGUGUUUGCCAGACUUGACCCUUGCCAAUUCCUCUCUCGCCCUCCCAGAGCUUCACCGCGUCUUCUUAACGUACAAGCACUGCCGGAACUUCUCGGUCCUGCUGAAGCCUUCCAGGUGUGGCAAAGAGACCUUCCUCUUGCUGGCCAUCAAGUCCUCCCCAAUCAACAUAGACCGGCGGGCGGCCAUCAGGAACACCUGGGGGAAGGAGGUGUCCAUCAGGGGCAAGCAGGUCAGGCUGGUAUUCCUUCUGGGGCGCUCUGAGGCCAAAGUCCAGGUGCGGUCCCUGCACCAGCUGCUGGCUUAUGAGAGCCAGGAGUUUAAUGACAUUGUACAGUGGGAUUUUGUUGACAACUUCUUCAACUUGACCCUCAAGGAGCUGCAUUUCCUCCGCUGGUUCAUGGAGGACUGUCUGCAUGCCAGGUUUGUGCUGAAGGGUGAUGAUGAUGUCUUUGUCAACACUUACAAUAUUGUUGAGUUCCUCCAAGAACUGGACCCUGAACAGGAUCUCUUUGUUGGGGAUGUGAUCACCAACGCCCGGCCCAUCAGGAACACCAAAGUCAAAUACUUUAUUCCAGAGUCCAUGUACAGAGCCCCCUUCUAUCCCCUCUAUGCAGGUGGAGGGGGCUAUGUCAUGUCUAGAGAGACAGUGCGCCGCCUCCAGAGCACUGCAGAGCACAUGGAGCUCUUCCCAAUAGAUGAUGUCUUUGUGGGAAUGUGUCUGGCAAAGAUGACAGUGACCCCAAAGAACCACGCUGGCUUUAAGACUUUUGGGAUCCAGAGACCUUUCAACCCUUUUGAUCCGUGCUUGUACAAGGAGCUGAUGGUUGUCCACAAACUAAACCCAACUGAGAUGUGGAUCAUGUGGGCACUGGUGAAGGAUGACAGCAUCAGGUGUGCUGUGUCCGUGACACACAGCUACAGAAGGGCUUGGAGGAGAAGCUACUGACCAGCACAGCAGGAUUUUGACUGGUGACAGACACAGGGUACUCGAACUAUAAACCAGGUUAUGGUAGAAAUGUUUACUAACAGGCUGUACUUGAGCCCUAGGGGUUUGUUUUGCAGUAACUCUUUUUCUAUGGAUGAGUUACUGAAGCAGUUGAAUUGUCAUGGGGUGGGGAUGGGGCCAGCAGCUCUGUGAGACAGGACACAGGGGACUCAGCUGGGAUCCUCCCAGCCAGGCUGGAGCCAGGGGAAGGCAUAUCUGCCACAGGGACGUGAGUGAAGGGUCACCUGCUAUGGAGGCUUUGCAACACCAAGGCUGGUGUCUGACUACUGGCCAAAUUCAGUCUCGUGUAGGAGGGCUGAUGAUGAGUAAGGAGUGACAGAGCACUUGCAACUACUUGAAGGGGUGGAAGAAAGGCCACUAUUCUGCUGUUCCAGGCCAGCAAUCCCACAGAUCCUGCUAGACAGCAGGAGAAAGGGAGUGAAUUAAAAAAAAAAAAAAAAAAAGCCUCAAAAAUGUAUUGCCUUAAAACAGUAUGUUGAUCCAAGGGGCUGGGCUCCAACUCAAGCCAUUGGGAUUUUACUUAAGUUUGUUACAGGUUUAUUUGCACUGGAAACUUUUGCACAAACACUUUCUGGUUGGGUUUGAGAGGAGCAAUCCUGGUGGUAGUGACAGUGGCUGUAGCUUUUCAUGUUGUGUGGAAGGUGUUUUGGUUUUUGUUGUUGUUGUUAUGUUGGGUAUAAAUAAAAUACAAUUUUGAAAAGUG